AAAUAGUGUGUUUUUCCCACAGCGAAGGAGGGAGAGAAAAGCGAAAACGUGAGAAACUUCUUCGCUUCAAAUACAAAAACCUACUCACGCAUUUUCUCUUCACCACGCAUUCAACAACUUCUUCACUGGUGCAUGUCUCUGAAAGGAACUGAGAUUCUUUCUCAAUGCCUCUUUUAAGGAAGAAGCCCUUUGCCUUGACUGAGCCUCCUCAAGAUUUGAAGCCAGAGGAGCAUGUUUACCAAGUUCGAUUUACAAAAGAAAUAUUUCGGAAUUAUUCCGAUUAUUUGAGCCGUUUGAAUCUAUACCGCCAGAGGGUUUGGGCAUGUAAAGUCACUGGAAAAACCGGCUUGACUUAUGAAGAGGCUUUGGUGUCAGAACAACGAGCUACUGAAAAAUUCCUACAAUUUCCCAAAGAAUUUAUGACUCCUGCUUUAAAGAUCAUUCAGUACAGUAUGGUUCCUUUGAAGGAACUUGCCGAUUCUAUUUAUGAAAAACUGCAGGAACGUUUGUUUGUUGGUGCGGAACUAUAUGGGAAAAAAGAUGACAAUGUAUGCCCAUGCAGAAUAUUAAAAGUCAUCCAGGAAGGAGUCAACAAAUACCGUUAUGAGGUAGCUUGGCUUGACAAAACCAAGAAUGUAAGUGAAAAAACAGAAAUCUGUGCAGAAGAUUUGGUCCAAAAGAAGCCGCUUUUUAGUAGAAAUAUUCUAAAGUCCUUUAUCCGAGAAUCUACAUACCGAAAUGCCCCUUGGGUUUUACAUGACAAACUGGCACAAAAUCAUGGCAUCUCAACUGAUGUUCCUGAGGAGUUAAGAGGAAAGGUUUUUCUCAAAGACGGACUUAUAGUUUGCUCCAAGAAAAGAAAUAAUGAGGAAUCAAUGGAGGAAGCUGAUAAGCGUAAGAAGAAUAAGUUAGACAGGACACUAGUCAAUGGUUCUGCACAAGAGAAAGAAAAUGGAGAAUGCAAGGAGAUACCAAUAAAAUACCCCAUUGAUGAUCUAUUGGUGAAACCUAGUCCAGAUGACCCUGUUUUCACUGACCGCCCUUCUCCGUCAAGAGACUUCAAUGUUCCAGUUCAUUGUGUAGGGGAUCUCUUAAUGGUUUGGGAUUUUUGUACUUCUUUUGGUAAACAGUUAAACUUGUGGCCCUAUUCUCUGGAAGAUUUUGAAAAUGCAAUCUGCCAUAAGGAUAGCAAUGUGGUUCUCCUUGUGGAAUCUCAUGCUGCACUUUUUCGAGUUCUCAUCAAAGAUGAUGGUGAAUACACUUCAGUGGUUGAGAAACGGAAGUUGAAGAAGAUAACAAUGGUUAACUGGAGAGAAUAUUUGUGUGAUUUUCUAGAAAUGAUCAAUAUUCCUCGAUUACGGAACUAUGAAGCAAUCAUAAGGAGGGGACAUUAUGGCCUUGUAGAUGCCAAUGCUAAAUUAGAGCUCUUAUCCGAGUUGGUCAAUCGAGUUAUUGAAACUGCAGUUUUCAGGGAGAAGUUUGAUAAGAUUAUGGAACAGCGGCAUGAACUUGGGGCCUCUAAAAGGGAAGUAGCAAUAGAACUUGGUAGAAAGAGAAGAGAAAAAAAAGAGAGGUUGAAAGCUGACUUAGAAAGCAAUGGGCAUCAUUUAGUAGACAGUGCAGAUAUCCUAACAAACAAUAAUCACAUUAUGCAAAAUGGACACAUGGAAAAGAAAACAAAUGGAGAGAUAGAAUCAUCCAGGCAAGACAAUUCACUGGGUAGUAGUGGGAUUAAGCAUUCAGGUCCUGCUUCAGAAAAGACUCCUAAAAAUCUGGAUUCAGAGCUGAAAGAACCACCAGAAAAUGGAAAAGAAGUAUUCAGAAAGAAAUUAUCAAAACAGUUGAAGGCGGUGGUUAAGGAUUCAUCAGAGAAGAAUAGUAUAGAGCGGAGGAGAGAAUACUUUGAACGAGAGAUGGAGAAACGAACUAUUCGUAGAAGCCCAUUAGGUAAAGACCGAGAUUACAAUAGGUAUUGGUGGUUCCGCCGCGAUGGAAGGAUAUUUGUUGAAAGCUGUGACUCUAAGGAGUGGGGAUACUACAGCAGCAAGGAAGAGCUUGAUGCAUUGAUGGGUUCACUGAAUUGCAAGGGCGAGCGGGAAAGGGUGCUGCAAAAACAACUGGAAAAAAAUUAUACUAACAUAUGUUCAGAACUGCAGAAAAGAUCGAAGGAUUUGGCACAGAAUAUUGCCAUAGACGAGGCUGUACUUCGAAGGUCUACUCGUGUUCGAGCUCCACCAAGGGAAAAUCCUGCUCAUGCUUUCCUCAAAUAUGUUAACAAGUGGAAAGAUGAGUAAGCAUCAAUGACUGAUUGGAAUUUUUAAGGGACCGAGUUGGUUCAUAGCAAAGAGAGUAAUGUAGGUUUUGGAUCCAUUUUGGAUGAUAGACAAGCUUGGUUAUGCUUGUUUCUGAAAUUUUGCAUGUCUUGCACCAUUCUUCAAUAAUACUAGUAGAAGCUAUUAUUUUCUAGGAUCGGUAAACCAUGUUUGUUUCACUUCAAUCAUUUGUAAGCCAUGCUUUUCAUUGGGGCUUAAAAUGGCAAAUAGCGGUUUACUCA